UCUCCCUGGGCACUGGUAGUACUUGACAAUAAGUGGCCAGCUGCUCCUUCUUUUUACUUUUUCCAUAAGUAAAAGGAGGAGAUGAGCUUUCCAAUAUGAACUAGGCCCUACCAGUACAAGCAGGAGAGGGUAGCAGAAAUGUGACAUCGCUAAAGUAGAAAUGAGCAGGGUGUAAAAUUUUAGAAUUGCUUUGUGCUGUAUUAGUUCACUCAUGUGACUAGAUUUUAUCCAGUGUUGGUAGGAGCUAUUUGGUCUUCGUGAUGCAGUGUUCUUUCCUGGGAGCAACUCCGUUUCUGUACUGAUCUAAGCUUUUUCAUUACAGUUGCUUAUUUCGGUUAUAUUAAGGCAUGUGAUGCUGGUUCUAGGACAUAGGCAUGAAGAUGUUUUAUGCAUAGAAUAUUCACAUCUACCUAUACAUGAGCAUCUGUCACCUGAAAGCAGUUGGUCUUCUAUUUAUAUAAAAAUGCUAGAAAGAGAAGUGGCAAAUCAAGACCUACCCAAAACUUGUCUAAAUAUUCAAAGUGGGCCGGUGUGCCCUAAUAAUGUAACUUUGCAGAGGAGCAAAAAUGUUGAACUGUCUAAUCUUGUCCAACUUAUGUGACUGUGCAGAGGCCCUCCAAAUACGGCUUCAUUUCCUACAAGUUGCUGGGGAAAUGGACUUUAGAUAGUCUUUUAGAAGACCACCCCGUACUUGCAUAGACUGUAAUUAAAUUUUCAAGGCAGGCACUCAUGUACUGAGCUUGAGGUUUGCAAUGUUUGUAGCUGAUGUAAAAAUCUGUUUAACUAAAAAAGAAAAACAAAAUCAUCAAAACUUCCCAGAAAGGGAAAGAGCAAAAGAAGUCAAAAAGUGACAGUCUGUGUGAACAGAAGAAGAAUAAAAAGGAAAUGGAGUUUGAGCAAAAACUUGCCAAAGAGAAAGAAGGAAUGUUGGAGAAAGAAAAACAACUGAAGAUAAAUCGUCUCGUGCAAGAGGUAUCUGAGACGGAACGAGAAGAUCUGGAAGAAUCAGAAAAGGUGCAGCACUGGGUGGAAAGACUUUGUCAGACACGUUUAGAACAGAUUUCCUCUGUGGAGAAUGAGUCUCCUGAGCUGGCAAGUGGACGUCCUUCUGCUUCUCCUUCUGCCACAUCAGUGCGGCGUUUUGCUGGUGGCCUGCAGCUUCAUACCACAGAUCUUGAUGAUAUAAACUUAGAUGAAGUUGACAAGCCUAAACAACGUGUGGCACCGCCUCCACUACCCCCACCCCCCCCCACUGUUACUCCAGCAUCAUCAGCUCAUGCACUUCCUACAUCAAAUGUUCCACUUUCAAGAGGUCCAGCCCUGGCAGUAACACCAGCUUCCCAGGUGACCUCAUGAUCUGUUUGGAUGCAUGCACCUUUACCAUUCCCCUGCCUGGCCUCCCUGCCCUGCUCCAUCACCCACUUUAUCCACUGGAUCUACCCAUCUGUCAUAUGCAAUGUUAAAAAAAGGAAUGAGGUAGUUUUGUAGUACUGAAUGCAGUCUAGAAGUACUUUUUAUUUUAUUUUAUUUUACAUUUAAGUCAAGAGGUUUUGCUUUCUCCUCCCUACACACAUAAUCCUACCACAUGCAGGUAUCUAGGGCAGAAUGUAUCAGUUAAAAAGACAAUUUGGACUUGAGUGUUUAAACAUACAUUAAAAAUAAGCAAUGGCAACAGCAGAUUUAAGUCAUAGUUAAAUUUAAGAAAAAUAUUUGUGCAGUGAAAAUGACUUGUGAAAGUGUUUGAAAUAUGUCAUCAAAUUGCUUUGUUAGGUGGACAAAGAAAAUUAGCUUAAAAUCAGAAAGUCAAACUUUUAAAACAUCAACACUGUAUAAAUUACCAGUAAAAUACUUAUAAAUGAGCAAGAGCUGGUAAUCAGGUUUGACUUUUUUAGCCCACCCGAGUUCAAGAUUUCUUUGAGAAAACAUUCUGACUUUAUCCUUAUUUCAAUCUCAGUCCAAAAGAUGAUCAAAUGUAAGAAGUCUUGUGCCACAGCUCACCUGAGAAGUGGCAGCUGUUUCACCAUAAUUAUCUUUGCUGAGCCCUGUAUGGGAUUAGUGUACUCGUUUUUGUGGCAGAAGGUUAUUGUGUGUUUCAAACAGCAGAAGAGGAUUCCGUAUGGUCAUUUCUUUCCUAUUCAUUUUUCUGCAUGGAUUGACUGACUGCAUUGUUGGUGUUCAUUUUUUUUGCAUGUUUACUUGGAAAUUCUAGGCUUUGCCUUUGCAUGAUUCUGGUUGGAGUGGGAAAGGAUAUGCAAGUUAAUCACUUCUUGGGGGGGACUGGCAGAUUAUAUCUAACAUGAAUAAUUGCCCUAAUGUGAACUAUGACUCUCUUCUUAUAAACUUAAGUAGACCUGUGAUAGUGCUCGAUCUAUGUGGUUUGUAUGUUUGAAGUGUCAAGAAUAUGCUAGAUCCACUGAAAUGGAGAUGUCAGAUGUUCUUAUACGUAACAGGUUUUCCAAGUUACUUGCAAAAUAAAAAUGAUGUAAAAUGACACAAGUGUACAAAAUACUAGCAUUCAGAGGAGAAAUACGUUCUCCUAAUGUUAAUAGAAAUAUUCAGAUAGAAGAAGAAAUACAGGAACUGCCAUAUUGGAUCUGACCCCCAACACUUAUAUUGUAUAUGUGUUUCUGGCAGUUUUUCAUUGCUAGAUAUGUUAAAGAGGUUAAUAAUUCAGGAAAAAUACAUCUGGUAACAACAACAACGAUGUAGCCUUCAAAAAUAAGUCGGUUUUCACUGAAUAUAAUUAGUGUACGUGAGGAAAGAUUAAACUUGUAGCAAAGUAUUAAUAAUGAGCCAAAGCUGCUUUGUUUAUACGUAGAUAACUCAGUAUUCCUGCUGUGGCUUCAGAAAUGGAAGAAAAAGCAGAAGCUGGACAACUUAUCCUUGCUGCUUUUUAACAAGUUGGUUUUUAACACCACAGAUAAGAAGCAGCAGUGCACUUAUUUGACUUCAGUGAUUAAAUAUCUUGUGUUUACGCCUGCUAAAACCAAAAAAAAGAGAAUUCUUGUCCCACAAGUUUACUUUUCUAAUAUUACUCAAACUGGUAAAUCAUCUCUAUGUUGCUAAGUGGGAUUUUUUUCCUAGAUCAUUUAAAUUCAGCUCGAACAAAUACUUGACAAGGAAUUAAAUCCUGUCAGUUACAUUCUUGACAACUAACUAUUAAAAUACCUGGUAUAAAUGGAUCUGUUUCUCCAAAGUAUUGCUAGCUGUAUGCUUUAUAUGAACCCAGUACUAAGUCUGCUACUGUUUAGGUUGUAAGAAGCACCUCCCACGUCGGCAAAGUAUCUUCUGUGUCAAGCAAUCCGCUGGUAUGUCGUGUACCAUUAAUAAUGGCUGUAGUUUUAUGAACUUCCCA